AGACAUGUCAGCUGCCAACAAUCUGAGAUCUGAAAAUCAGUUUCUGUGCUCCAUCUGUCUGGAUGUGUUCACUGAUCCAGUCACUACAUCAUGUGGACACAACUUCUGCAAAACCUGCAUCAGUCAGCACUGGGACAUGAAUGUCAUCUGUAAGUGUCCCUUGUGUAAAGAGACUUUCUACACUCGACCUCAGCUGAGGGUCAACACCUUCAUCUCUGAGAUAGUUGCUCAGUUCAGACGUGAAGCUCAGCAGAAAGCCAGCAGCAGCAGCUCAGAGCAACAAGCUGCCAAACCAGGAGAAGUUCCCUGUGACGUCUGCACUGGAACCAGACUGAAGGCCCUGAAGUCCUGCCUGGUGUGUCAGACCUCCUACUGUCAGACUCACCUGGAGCCUCAUCUGACAGUGAAACGUCUGAAAAGACAUCAGCUGAUUGUUGCUGUGGAGAACCUGGAAGGCAGGAUGUGCAUGAAGCACGAUAAACUCCUGGAGCUGUUCUGUAAGACCGACCAGACAUGUGUCUGCAUGCUCUGCUCUGCUUUAGACCACAAGAACCACGAGUUUGUUCCUCUGAGAGAAGAAUAUGAAGGAAAGAAGGCAGAGCUGGAGAAGACAGAGGCUGAGAUUCAACAGAUGAUCCAGAAGAGACGACUGAAGAUUCAGGAGAUCACAGAGUCGGUGAAGAUGAGUAAAGAUGCUGCAGACAGACAGAAAGCAGAAGGUGUUCAGGUCUUCACGGCUCUGAAGGAGUCUGUUGAGAGACGCCUGAAGGAGCUCAUGAAGGAGAUCGAAGACAAACAGGAAGCUACAGAGAAACAGGCUGAAGGUCUCAUCAAAGAUCUGGAACAGGAAAUCUCUGAGCUGAUGGAGAGAAGCUCUGAGGUGGAGCAGCUCUCACGCUCUGAAGACCACCUCCACCUCCUCCAAAGCUUCUCCUCCCUGAAAGCUGCUUCACCCACCAAGGACUGGACAGAGGUCAGAGUCCGUCCACCAUCAUAUGAGGGGACUGUGGUGAGAGCUGUGGAGACACUGGAGGAGACACUCUGGAAAGAUAUGAAUGAGCUGUUUGAGGCGGAGCUGCAGAGGGUGCAACAGUAUGCAGUAGAUGUGUCUCUGGAUCCUGAUACAGCACAUCCUUAUCUCAUCCUGUCUGAUGAUGGAAAACAAGUGAAGUAUGGUGAUGUGAAGAAGAAACUUCCAGACAAUCCAGAGAGAUUUUCUCCAUGUCCUAAUGUUUUAGGAGAGCAGAGUUUCUCUUCAGGCAGAUUUUACUUUGAGGUUCAGGUUAAAGGAAAGACUAAAUGGGAUUUAGGAGUGGCGAGAGAGUCGAUCAACAGGAAGGGAAACAUCACAUUGAGUCCUCAGGAUGGUUUCUGGAUUGUGAGGUUGAGAAAUGGAAAUAAGUACAGUGCUUGUGCUUCACCUCCAGUCCGUCUCUGUCUUCAUCCUGGUCCUGAGAAGGUGGGGGUGUUUGUGGAUUAUGAGGAGGGUCUGGUCUCCUUUUAUGAUGUAGGUGCUGCAGCUCUGAUCUACUCCUUUACUGGCUGCUCCUUCACUCACAAACUCCACCCAUACUUCUGUCCCAGUAACAAUGAUGGCGGUAAAAACUCUGCACCUCUGAUCAUCUGUCCUGUAAAUCAAACUGAGUUGAUAAACGACUGAUUUUAUUUGAUGAACUGAUUGAUUUUUAUUGAGGAGAACAAAUGAACAUAUUGAGCAUAAUACUCUCCAUGUUUUCUAUAGAAUCUGAUUAUCAGGACUCUGACUUUGAUCUGAUUCUCAUGGAAUUUGACGCAAACAGAAGAAAAGUUGAAUCAGGAAAUGUUCCUACUAAUGGAGACUCAAGCUGAAGAAUCAUGUGUGGGUGUUAUACGGAGCAUUCAGUUUUCAGCUGAGGGGAGUUGGAUAAAAAGUGGUUUGGUUAUUUUGGGUCUGUGAGGAUUUUUGAUGUGUUUACUGAAAACUGAUAAGACGGGAUAAUAUUCAAAGAGUGGUGGAGAAAGGAGAAGGUGAAGUACAGACUGCUGCAUCCUUCUAGUCACAUAAUUUUGAUGUGAUGAUUAUAUUUCCAUGUUCUGAUGAUUUGGUUUAAAGAUAAACAUAGAGUUGGAAAAUGGCUGCAAUCACAGCAUGAAUGAGAAGCUGAAGGCUAUAUUUGUACUUGUUUUGUCCACUAAACUUUGUCUUUGCUAUGCCUCUGCUUGUUUAUAUGAGUAAUGAGCCUGAUGGCCUUUUGUAACAGUUACAACAUUUGCACUGGCUAUUAUAAUCUCCUAGGGUGUAACUCCCUCUCCCCGCAUGUGGCAUUGUCAUCACCCUUUACUUACAUUUAUGUUUUCCGCCUUCAUGCUGCUACAUUUGGUUAAUUAGCGCUUCUAAAUUUCCUGUAGUCCUGAAUGGUUAUGUGUCUCUCUCUUGACCUGUCCACGGCAGAGAGCAAGCUUGGGUGAGCUAGUGUUGAACAUCUACACCUGCAGGAGCCUUAUUAAGACUUAUUGUUCAUUCUCCUGCCAGUGGUGGAGGAGACUUCUUUACUUUCUUUCGGUUGAAGAAGAGGCCUCGCAGUCCGGCUGUCUCACUGAUGACAUUGAGGGAUUAGCGGCUGCCAUCUAUUCCAGACCUCGAGUGUUUGAAUCUAAGUACUCACACACAUGUUCACAUUCAGUGCUGUGCAUUUUCUUUAUUUGGCUGGACAGCUAUCACAAUUAUUUUCUCAUUCACAAAGAGUAUACAAAGACAUUUUGGUUAGUACCAAAUAGACACACUCUGAUUACGGACUGAGGAGGCUGCAGUUUUGCAACCCCAGGACUGAGAAGAAGACUCUAUAAAUACCAUACUCACAUAUCUCCAGGCUAAGAGAAGGGUAAUUGAUGCAAAUAUUUUCUUUUCAUCUUCUAAUCUUUGUUUAAACUUUAUUCCAAGAGAACUGUAAGUUGUUCAGGUUGUAAACAUAUUCACCUAGAUCAUCUUACAAUGCUGAUAUUGCAGCCAUUCCCCAACUUUCUGUGAAUGGUACUCAUGGCCAUUGGACAAUGGACUUUCAUCAGUAAUUGUAGAUCAAUGGUCAUGAGAAUUUGCAUAUUAAUGAUCA